AUGAGCUCCGCCGGAGAAUUGCCAUGUUAUACACUGAUCCACGUUCCAAGUGAUGCGGAGCUCCCUUCAGAAACUCAACUCAGAGAGAAGUUCGAAAAGGGAGGAGACAAGGAACGAACAGAGGCACUCAAGAAGCUCAUCUACAUGGUUUUAAAUGGCGAAAAGACGUCGCAAACCAUGCUGAUGUACGUCAUCCGUUUCUGUCUUCCAUCAAACGAUCACACGCUCAAGAAGACUCUUCUCAUCUUCUGGGAAUGUGUCCCUAAGACGGACUCGAACGGGAAAUUGCUCCACGAGAUGAUUCUAGUGUGUGAUGCAUACAGAAAAGAUCUCCAACAUCCAAAUGAGUUCGUUCGCGGAUCAACUCUCAGAUUCUUGUGCAAACUUCGUGAACCAGAGCUCUUGGAGCCACUGAUGCCAGCCAUAAGAACCUGUUUGGAACACAGACACUCAUAUGUUCGUCGUAACGCAGUCUGUGCUAUCUUCACCAUCUACAAGAACUUCGAAUUCUUGAUUCCGGAUGCACCUGAGCUCGUCACCGAAUAUCUUGAGACAGAACAGGAUGCUUCCUGCAAGCGUAACGCUUUCAUGAUGCUUCUUCAUGUUGAUCAAGCUCGUGCUCUCGACUACUUGUCCGGAUGCAUCGAUCAAGUUGGAUCGUUCGGAGACAUAUUGCAAUUGGUUAUCGUUGAGCUGAUUUACAAAGUGUGUCACAAUAAUCCGAAUGAGUGCGCUCGCUUCAUCAGAUGCGUUUACAAUCUUCUUCAAUCGCAAUCUCCAGCUGUCAGAUACGAAGCUGCUGGAACUCUCGUCACUCUCACCAACGCUCCAGCUGCAGUCAAAGCCGCUGCAUCUGCUUACAUCGAUCUUAUUGUGAAAGAGAGCGAUAACAAUGUGAAGUUGAUUGUUCUGGAUCGACUGGUUCAACUUCGCAAUACCUCCAGCAAUGAGAAAGUUCUUCAAGGACUCGUGAUGGAUAUUCUUCGUGUUCUCACUUCUCCAGGACUUGAAGUUCGUAAGAAGACGCUUAAUCUUGCUCUCGAUCUGGUUUCAAGCCGAAAUGUCGAAGAUAUGGUCAUGUUCCUGAAAAAGGAAAUCAACAAGACUGCCACCGAGUCGAACGAUGAGAACGGAAAGUACCGUCAAGCUCUUGUCAAGACUCUUCACACUGCAACUAUCAAGUUCCCGGACGUAGCUUCCAGCAUUAUUCCAGUUCUCAUGGAAUUCUUGUCUGAUUCCAACGAAACCGCUGCCUCGUACGUCAAUGAAUUCGUCCGUGAAGCUGUUCACAAAUUGCCAAAUUUGAAAACCGCUAUUUUGGCGUCUCUACGUGAAGGAAUUCCAUCUAUUCAAUCUCCAAACAUCUUCAUGUCGGCUCUUUGGAUUCUCGCAACUUACUGUGAUGCUGAAGGAUCCUUGGAGGUUCUCAGACUCAUUAAGCAAUCUUUGGGAGAUUUGCCACUUGUUGAUACCGAACUCGCCGAGCAAGAUCAGCCAAAACAAGAAGAAAUUGAACAGAAGAAGGUUCCUUCUGGACCAAAAGUUACUGCUGAUGGAACAUACGCCACUCAAACUGCUCUUUCGUCAACAGUUGUAUCGAAGAAGAAUGAGAAGCCUCCAUUGAGACGUUUCCUUCUGAAUGGUGAGUUCUUCCUUGGAGCUUCAUUGGCCACUAUUCUUGCCAAACUUGCUCAACAGUUCACUGAGCUUAACGGAGUAGGAUCGGAGCGCUCAAAUCGUUUCCGUGCUGAAUGCAUGCUCAUCCUCGCUUCAAUCAUUCAUCUCGCAAAGAGCGGUCUGAUUUCUCAUCAAGUGAAUGAAGACGAUUUAGACAGAAUGGGAGCUGUUAUUAAGAUCAUUGCUCAAGGAAUUCCAGGACUUGAUGAACAAUAUGGAGAUGCUUGCAAGAAGAGUCUUGAGCUCAUGCUCGGCGCUAAAUCCAUCAGCCGCCUCGAUGCCGCUGACAAGUUGACCACAUCGGGAUCUGCCCGCUCCAAAGACUUUGUCGAGAUUGACAAGACCAUCAACUUCACUCAGCUCCUUGCCAAGAACAACCAACAAGGAGAGAACUUGUAUGACUCGUCGCUCUCUCAAGCACUCGGAACUGCUCCAAAAGACACAAAGUUCGAUUUCUCGAGCUCUAAACUCGGAAAGGUCAUUCAACUUGCUGGAUUCUCUGAUCCAAUUUAUGCAGAAGCUUAUGUUAAUGUCAACCAAUACGACAUCGUUCUCGACGUGCUAAUUGUCAACCAAACGUCCGAUACUCUUCAAAAUGUGUCUCUUGAAUUGGCAACUGUUGGAGAUUUGAAACUUGUUGACAAGCCAACCCCAGUCACCUUGGCUCCAAAUGAUUUCUCGAAUAUUAAGGCCACUGUUAAAGUCGCAUCCACAGAAAAUGGUGUGAUAUUCUCCACGAUUUCCUACGAUGUCCGUGGAUCUACUUCUGAUCGAAACUGUGUUUAUUUGCAAGAUAUAAAGAUUGAUAUUAUGGACUACAUCGUACCGGGCAACAUUACCGACAUAGAGUUCCGACAGAUGUGGAGUGAUUUCGAAUGGGAGAAUAAGGUGAACGUGAUGACGCCCAUCAGAGAUCUUCGAGAGUUCCUUAACCAUUUGUCAACCUCCACGAAUAUGAAGGUGCUAACUGGAGAUGCUGCCAUCGAAGGAGAAUGUGGGUUCCUUGCGGCCAACUUGUGUGCUCAUUCGAUUUUCGGAGAGGAUGCUCUUGCGAAUGUUUCUGUCGAAAAGGCGCUCCCAAUGGACGACUCCUCCCCAAUCGUUGGUCACAUCAGAAUUCGGGCGAAAAGCCAAGGAAUGUGUCUGACACUUGGAGACAAAUUGAGUUCAGCAAUGCGAUCUCGACGAGAUGGGCAACCAAUCGCGGCUCCAUCAGCGUAG